CCGCCGGGGGCAGCGCUCAGCAUGGCCGCGCUGCGCAGAGCCCCGGCCCCAGCCCCAACCCCAGCGCCGGCCCCGGCCCCGGCCCCGGACCGCCCCUCCGCCCCGGGCCGCCUAUAAAACCGAACCCCCGCUCCUCCCACCCCCGCUCCGCCGGCCCGGCCAUGGCCAAGGAUCAGCUGAAGCCGCGGCUGUGCCGCAUGUUGAAGGGGGAGAGCGGGUACGGCUUCCACCUGCACGGCGAGAAGGGGAAGAGCGGGCAGUUCAUCCGCAAAGUGGAGCCCGGCUCCCCGGCAGAGGCUGCGGGGCUGCGUGCGGGGGACCGCGUCGUCGAGGUCAACGGGCUGAACGUCGAGCAGGAAACGCACCAUCAGGUGGUGCAGCGCAUCAAGGCGGUGGAGUCGGAGACGCGGCUGCUGGUGGUGGACAAGGAGACAGACGAGUUCCUCUGCAGCCUCCGCCUGACCUGCACCGAGGACAUGGUGCACACCGGGAUCCUCCUCAACUCCAACUCCUCCCCCACCAAAUCCCCGGCGGGCAGUGACAACGGGGAGCUCUGGAAGUCCCAGCUGGAGGCGUGGGGAGGUGACCUCCAGCGGCACUCGCACAGCUUCUCCUCCCACGGCAGCAGGAAGGAUCUAAACGGCCAGAAGGAGCUGUGCCCACGUCUCUGCCACCUGAAGAAAGGUCCCAAUGGCUACGGCUUCAACCUGCACAGUGAGAAGUCCCGCCCGGGCCAGUUCAUCCGCUCCGUGGAUCCCGACUCCCCCGCAUCCCGAGCAGGGCUGCGGCCCCAGGACCGCCUGGUGGAGGUGAAUGGGAUAAACGUGGAAGGGCUGCGGCAUUCCGAGGUUGUGUCCCACAUCAAAUCCCGGGAGCACGAAGCCAGGCUCCUGGUGGUGGACCCCGAAACAGAUGAUUACUUCAAGAAGCUGGGGGUGACCCCCACGGAGGAGCACACCAAAGGUGUGGUGCCUCAGCCCAUGACAAACGGAUCUGCCCAGACCCAGCUGAAUGGAGGAUCCACAUCUUCAUCUCACAGUGACCUUCAAAGUCCUGGGAAAGAAUCAGAGGAUGGAGACCUGGAGAAGAGAGACCCGUUCGAGGAGAGCGGGCUGAGCCUGAGCCCCACAGCUGCUGAGGCCAAGGAGAAGGUGAGGGCCAAGCGGGUGAAGAAGAGAGCUCCUCAGAUGGACUGGAACAAGAAACGAGAGAUUUUCAGCAAUUUCUGAGCCUGGCUGGGGGCUGCUGCCCAUCACCCUCCUGCCCUGCCCCAGCUGGGACAUUUCUGAGGUGCCUACGCCCUGUCCUUCAGUGUCCACGUGAGAUGCUCUGUGCUCUGCUCUUCACUGGUUGCUUUUACAAGGCGUAUUUUAAAGUCCUUUUUUAUUUUAUUUUAUUUUUUAUUAUUAUUAUUAUUAUUAUUGUUACUCACCAGCGAUUCUCAUAAGACAAAUGUGACCAAAGCUCUGUGUCUUGCUGGCCCUUUGGCUCUGCCUGCCUGCUGUCCCCUGUUCCUGUGAGAAAGGACUGGAAUUGUUUCACUCCUGUUUCUUCCCUGCAUUGUUUAGGCUUCUAGGAUAUAUAAUUUUUUUUAUUUUUUUUUUUUUUUUACUACUUCAGGCUGUUUGUUUUGGUUUUGUGGGUGUCCCAGACUGAGCCCCAUGGGAUGCUCUGUGCCCCUGAGGUCUGAUGGCCUCGUGCCCCUGCUGUGGGGGGACCCACAGGGUGGGAUGUACCCAGCACCCCAUCUGCUCCCACAGUGGGGGAAAAGGGGAGCGACUGGAAAUUGCUUUUGUUGGCUUUGCUGUUGAAAGGAAAAGGUUUUGUUUUGUUUUGUUUUGUUUUAUUUUAAAUGAAGACCCACAUGUUUCCAGUUAGCUUAGGAACCUCCCCCUCCUCACCAGUGACUCCUGCCCUGGCAAUAAAAGCCCCUUUUUCAUCCCUGAUGGCUCUGCAGAGGGGAGAGGGCAGGAUUUUAAAACAAACCCCAAACUCAACAGCCCAGGUGCCUCAGGCCUUGAUGUUUGCAGCCAUGGAUGCAGUGGGGGAAGGCAGAGAUCGGGGCCAUCCCUGCCCCAGGGUGCUGCUGACCCAGCUCCAGCAGAAGAGAAGAGCCACGAGAUGCUACAGAAACUCUUUGGACAGACUUGUGAGGGAUCCAGCUCUGGCCAAGGACUUGGUGUGGAGGAAGCGGGCUGAGUCCUGAAGUGUGCCUGGGUGCUGGGUCCUGGAGCAGGGUCUAGGUCCUACCUGGGUUGUUGCCUCUGGGUUGGUGUUUGGUGCCUCCAGCCUGUGAAGCCAUCACCACUGGGAGGUGUCCAUGGGGUCUCUGGGAAGUGUCCUGUGGGACUGUGGGGUCUCUGGGAGGAGGUGUCCAUGGGGUCUCUGGGAGGUGUCCAUGGGGUCUCCAUGGAGCUGGCUCUGAAGCAGGCAGGGGGGUGAUGGAGUGGGCAGUUGUUCUGGCUUUCUCCAGCCUCCUUUGAAACCAUGCUGCUCUUGGCAUGAGAGCCUCAAAAAAACCCCCGAAAACCAGCUCUUUAAAGCAUUACAAAUGAAGCUCACUUUAAGCUCUUUAUUCCUUGCCUUUGGCUGUAAAUGGGGGCAGAUGACUCAGCUGAGGAACACGCUCAGGGGUUGCAGACCGAGGUGUUUUCCCAGGGCAGGUCCUGGUCCCCUCCCUCUCCCGCAGCUCCUGGGAUUUCAGCUCCAAUGCCAAGGCAACCGUGGGAAGGGACCAGGCACAGCAGGACAAAGCAGGACAAACCCCUGUCCUCAGCUAAAAGCAGAGGAAGGAAUUCCUUGGCCAGGGAUGAGCCUUGUGCAAGAGGUGGCCACGAGCUCCGGCACCGCUGGGUUCCGAGUUGGUGGCCGUGGGGUCAGUCAGGGAUAUUUGAAGGGCUGCGUGUGUAUUUCUGGAGUUUGGAGCUAAAAGGUGCCUUAGGACACGUAGUGCUCUGCUGGGCAGUGGGCUGGGGGUCGGUGUGGGGCAGGGGUCUGCGGGAAUGGAGUCAGGAGCUGGGGCUGCACCGGGGAGCACCCGAUGCCCGUGGCUAUGGGAAGCAGGGAGAGCCUCGGGGUGAAGGAGGUGAGUUCUCUUUUUUUUUCUGAAAGUUAUCUUUUAGCAAUGUUGUUGGGCUGAAUAGGUUGAGAAGAAGGACUUGGGAGAAGCAGCAGUGCAGGUUUUGGUUGUCAGUGAGGAUCCUAGCAGAGGGGUUUGCCUCCCCUCCAGAGCUCUGCCAUUAACCAAACCACCUCUUCCCUACCCUGCAAUGAAGACAAUUCCCUGUUCUUUUCAGCCAGCCCCAAAUAUUUGCUUCUAUAAAUGAGUCACCUUCUGAAGGAGCCCUGGUUUUUCUCAUGGGUCCUUCCUGUGCCUCCAUAGCCAAAGCCCAGCAGUGCCCCAAGGUCUGGGCAGGGCAAUGUUCCCCAUCCCACCCAGCUCCAUCCUCCUGACACCCAAAAGAGAGCUCAGACCUGACUGUAAAUGCCACACUGCCCUGGACCCCUGCAGCUGAGAGGUGGGGGAGAGAGGAGAACGUGUAGUUUUUGAAUGCAGAUCAAAAAAAAAAGAAAUAGGGUGUGCAGGUCUGUACUGGUAAGAUUUCAAAAAUCUUAAUCUCUGCUUAGUCCACGGAAACAGCUCCUGGUUAAAGCACUUAUCGUAUUUCUGACAUCUUGUAGCUCAGUAGCAAUUAUUCAGUUCCUGUACAUUUAACUCGGAAAAGACAAAAAAAAAAAAAAAAAAAAAAAAAAAAAAAAAAAAUCGGUGAAGUAUAAGGCUGUCAGCUACAUUGUAAAAACAUAAUGUACACUGUAAUGUCAGUAAUAAACCUCCUUUUCCCAUGUA